AUAAACGCAGCAGUGACAGCUCUUCAUUUCUGGACUCUUCACCUGAUACAUGCGAACUAACUUCAACCUUUACUUUGUGACAACUGUCGCAGAAGUGUCGCCUGGAUGUUUGCAGUAAAGCAUGGCUGUGUUUAAGAACUGCUCUGUGCUGUUGGAGCUGAAAACUUUGCCCUUUAAGGAAAAGAGGAAGCUGAAAUCAGCGAUAACAGACAAUGGAGGCAACAUUGCCUUUGUGGUCAAUAAAGAGUGCUCUCUGAUAGUGGCCAGCGAUGUGUCCAACCUGAGCUCCAACAGGCUGCGCAGCAUCCAAAAAUACCAAACACCUGUGGUUGGGGUGGAUUAUGUGUUCAGCUGUAUCGAGAGGGGAGUUCUUCUGCCUGUAGAUGGAUAUAAGUUGGAUACUUCGUCUCCCUCUGAUCUUUCACCUCCUCUUCCUCCCUCCUCACCAUGGCAAAGUCCACUCACAUAUCAAGUGACAGAAGUGCCAACGAGCAAAGCGGCUGUUGAAAAGCCAUCAAAAGCCCCAGCCAAGCCCACGAAGUCUGUCAGUGUGAUUCAGAAAGCAGAGAGUCCAAAGACGAGCGGAAACAUCCUGGACAAGAUCAGAGUUUACACAGAGACUGAUUCUGAUAUUCCAACCUAUCCGGAUAAUUUUCAAGUGGCCAAGUAUACAAUCUUUGAAAAGGUAAACAGCAACACUUGGUGCGUGCUGGAGCUGCAGUGUCACAGAGGAGAGGAAGGAUGGCAGUAUCGUGUGGUCAAUUACUGGAAGGACGAUAUUUUAUCCAAGAAGGCGGCGAGGAGGAGUAUGCUGUUGUUUCUUUUUACCUCAGAGGAAGCUGUGGAGGCGUACCAGAUCAUCAGAGAGAGUUUGCAGGCUUCUGGUCUGCAGCUGAGGGACACCCCUCCACAGACCUUUCAGCUGGGCUCCGACCCCCUCCAGCAGCUGCUGCUGGAGGAGAAGCUGAACACAGGAAGCUUAUCACAAGAAGUGGGCGAAUUUGUGGAGAUGCUGUGGACCGAGGCUUUGGGCUGCCUCGGCAACAUCCUCACAGUCCCGAUCAAUAAGCUCAGCCUCAAUGAUGUGAGCAGGGCGGAGGGCUUGUUGCUUCAGGCUCAGAGGAAGCUGAAGGAGUCGGAUACUACUGAGGCGGCUUCUCUUUUAGAUGAGGUUUACACCCUGCUGCCACAUGUAAUGCCUUAUGACUUUCCUCUCACUGCCAAGCUCAUCUCUCAGAAACUGGACCUCUGUCAGUUAAUCAGAGAUGUUCUGAACGUGAGUGAGAUGACUCUGAGGAGCCCAGUACCUUCGAGUGUGGGGAAGUACCGCGCUCUGAGGUGCAGCAUCGAGACCAUUCCCGGCGCCUCCGAGUAUCAGAUUGUGCACUCUCUGCUGCGGGGCAGGGCGAUGAAGAUUAGACAAGUUCUGCGUGUCAGCAGAGGGGUGGAGCUUCAGAAAUUCAAGCGUGAGAUCGGAAACGUCAAGCCCCUCCUCCAUGCCUCCAGCCCCAGCAACUUUGUGGGAAUCCUGUCUCGUGGUCUGCUGCUGCCCCGUGUUGGAGUGGAGCAUCAUGGGAUAGAGAGAACAGACAUCGGUAAUCUGGGGAGUGGAAUCUACUUUAGUGAUGCUGCAAGAACCAGUUUCAAAUAUUCCAAUCCCAGUGAGACCGACGGCUAUCGGCUGCUGCUGGUUUGUGAUGUGGCAUUGGGAUCGUGCAAGGACGUCCGCAAGAAAGACCCCACUCUGACGCAGGCUCCUGAGGGAUACCACAGCGUGCACGGGGUGCGCGCCAGUCGUAGUGCUGUCUCUGAUUUUGAGGACGACGAGUAUGUGGUGUACAGUCCCGAUCAGGUUAAACUGAAGUACGUGGUUCAGUUCACCAUGGAAGGAGAUGAACUGAAGGAGUUCAGUCCUGCCGUCGACAUCUCACCUGAGCCGUGUCAGCCGAUCUCACCAUGGACAAAAUCACAAGAUAUAUUUCAGGCAGUGGGAAAAAAUGAUGGGGAGAUGAUGUUGGAGAGUGGCGGGGUUGACAACUUUGAAAACCCGCUGACAAAUAUGACGGCUGGACUGCUGGACAGCUCUGGUCAGCGGAUCUCUCUGCAGGCCGUCGACGUGAGGUGCAAACUGAUGGAUCUGCUCUCCCAGGUCAUAAUUUUCCAGGAAUACAUCAAUCUGAGCUCUGUGCCGAUUGAGGCGAAGUAUGUCUUUCCACUGGAUGAGUCUGCAGCAGUGUGUGGAUUUGAAGCUUUCAUUAACGGGAAACAUGUGGUGGGACAGGUGAAGGAGAAAGAAACGGCUCACAAGGAGUACAAGCAGGCUAUUGAGAAAGGCCAUGGAGCCUACCUCAUGGACCAGGACGCCCCGAACGUGUUCACCAUCAGUGUCGGAAAUCUGCCGCCUGGUGCGACUGCCCUCAUCAAAAUCACCUUUGUGUCCGAGCUGAUCGUCAGGGCCGGGAGUAUUCUCUUCUCCCUGCCUGGGAGUGUGGCUCCGUGGCAGAGGAGUGCAGCUCUCAACCAGACAACCCAAGUCACUGUGAAGAAGCAGUGUCUGACUGAUGAGUCAAGAGAGUUCACUCUGGACGUGUCUGUUGAGAUGCCCUAUGAGAUCACCAACCUGCAGUGCAUCACUCACAAAGUCAGGUUUAAGAAAACAGACUGUAAGGCGGUGGUGAGCAUGCUGCCAGGACAGCUGUUGGGUGAAGAAGGCUUCCAGCUGUCUAUCACUCUGUCUGAUGUCCACCUGCCCAGGAUGUGGGUGGAGAAACACCCUGAUAAGGACAGUCAGGUCUGUCUGCAUCAUGUUUUGGUUUUCUAUCCAGACUUUGAAGUUAAAACAAGUUACAAAACCGAUGAAGUUAUCCUGUUGCUGGACAUGUCUGAGUCCAUGAAGGGAGAGUCUUUCUCCAUGGCAAAGAAAAUCGCCAUACAGUUUGUCAAAGCCCUCGACUUCGAGCUCCGAGUUAAUGUCAUUUGCUUUGGCACAGAUUUCAAUGAAGCUUUCCUGACAGCGCAACCACUCUGUGAAGUUCAUCAGAACACCAAGAAAUUCAUCUUGUUCUGCCCUCCAUCAGGGGGCAGCACUGAGCUGUGGCGGCCCCUGCAAGCUCUCAGCCUGCUGCCUCCCUCCCGCGGCGUCCGGAACCUGCUGCUGCUGUCGGACGGCCACAUCCAGAACCCAGAGCUCACCCUGCAGCUGGUCAGAGACAACAACGCUCAGCACAGCCGAUUCUUCACCUGCGGCCUCAGCUCUACAGCCAAUCGUCACAUGCUCAGAGCCCUCGCCCAGGCUGGGGGCGGAGCCUAUGAAUUCUUCGACACUAAAACCAAACACAACUGGGCAGAGAAGGUGGCAUGUCAGGUGCAGCGCAUGGGGUCUCCUUGCUGCAGUUCAGUGUCAGUGAAGUGGCAGCAGUUCAACCCAACAGCGCCCCCUCCUGUGCAAGCCCCGAAGCAGCUCCAUGCUCUGUUUAAUGACUGUCACACCCUGGUUUAUGGCUUUGUGCCUCACUGCACUCAGGCCACCCUCCUUGGAAACCUGAGUGGUCAGGAGCUCAAAACCAUGGUGUCAACCACUGAGCUUCAGAAGACCAAGGGCACAUUUCUUCACAAGCUCACAGCGAGGGCUCUCAUCAGAGAUUACGAAGACGGAAGCCUGGAUACCAAUGAAGCUGAACACGAGGGGAAGAAAGCGGAGCUGAAGCGUUUCAUCAUCGAGUUAAGCAAAGAGUACUCCGUUCUGUCUCAGUUCACCAGCUUCGUGGCCAUCGAGGAAAGGGAUUCUAAACAAACAGAAGAAGGCUUCACGGACAUCCCCAAACUGCUUGCAGAGGAAGAUGUGGACUUCCUGCCCUACAUCAGCUGGAUUUCUCCUGAGGACCAUAUACCAAAAGAAGUUCUUCUUAAUUUGACUGAGCAUGACUGUUGUCUUCAACCUCUUGGUUUGUCUGAGGAUAGCUCAGAUGAAGCAGAUGAAGAUGUAGGUUAUGAUCUUGGUUUUUCUCAGGAGGAGGGAGUUAUUCAGGCUUCAUUCAAAGAAGGGGACCAAUCUUAUACUUCAUGCUCAUCCUCAGAUGCCAUGGAGGAGGAUGAAGAAGUGGAGGCAGGAUCAAGCCGCUCAUUGUCUCCAAAGUAUUCACUCACGAGUCCCAAUUCUAAAAUGAUGCAGGCUCGGCUGUUUGGGAGGGCCUUUAGGAGAGAAAUGGCUGCCAGCAAGACUGAAGUCAAGGUGGUCAGGCACCAGGACACAUGGUCCCCAGAUGACUAUUAUUUUACAGCAAAAAAUCUUUGCGUGCAUGAUUCCCCUCCUUCCCCUCAACCUCCCCCUCUACCCACCUCUUUAUGUGGCGUGAGUGGACCGUCUCCACCUCCUCCUCCUGCCGCUCUCCCUUGCCUUCCACUUGGGAAACCCCAGCAUCUACGCCCUCGAACAUCUUCUUCUGCCUUUGCUUUUCAGCCAACCUGCAGCCCACCUCCACCUCCUCCUCCUCCUCCUCCUCCUCCUCUUCCUCCUCCUCCUCCUGGCCCAGGUCUUCCUGAUGUAAACCAUUUGGGCUUUGUCCCCUAUGAUGAGCACAGUAUAGUAGGUCAGACACUGGAGGCAGAAGUGAGUUUGCAAAACGCCUGGAGCCCCUUUGUUCUCUCUGCAGAAAUGCAGACUGAGCAUGAUUUUGAAGAUUCUCCAACAACAACAAUGUCUCUCUUAGAACCUCAAGGCUCAGUGCCCCGACUUGGAGCUCGUUCUAGUAUCUUCCCUCCUAUGAUGAAGAAAACAACGUAUGCAGCUAAAAAAAUGUCAGGUCUCCGUUUUGGUAGCAGUCUCUCUCAAGCCCAAACCUAUGAUCAGGGUAUUUACAAAAGAGGAGCAAGCUUCACACGUGAUGCAGCUCAACAUCAGUCAGGUUUUGGUUUCGGUGGCUCGAUGCCUCUCAUCCAAGGCCUUCAACAAAGCGCUCGAAUAAUGAUUGGCAGUCCAUUGUCACCUGAUAAAACUGAGGGUCUUCAUGCACUCUCAAUGCCAGAACAAGAUAAAGAAAUGUCAGGUCUCAGUUUUGAUAGCAGUCUCCCUCAAGCCCAAAGCCCUGAUCAGGGUAUUUACGAAAGAGGAGCAAGCUUCACACGUGAUGCAGCUCAACAUCAGUCAGGUUUUGGUAUCGGUGGCUCGAUGCCUCUCAUCCAAGGCCUUCAACAAAGCGCUCCAAUAAUAGUUGACGGUCCAUUGUCACCUGAUAAAACUGAGGGUCUUCACUCACUCUCAAUGCUGGAAGAAGAUUAUGCACGCCCAAGUUCAAGUUUAAUUUUGAGUCGAAGAUCAUUAUGUAAAAUGGGUGACAGGAAGAGGAGGACGGUUGAAGAGGCUGAAGCAGAAUCACUGACUGAGUUGACUGUUGGCAGGAGCCUCUCACAUUCUCCAUCUCCAACUCCAAAGUACCUCCUAGGAGUUAAGGAUUCUGGAAGAUUCAUGAGACAAUCCCUGAAAAGAGGUAGAAGACAAAUGCACAGGAAAACGGGUCUAGUUCCUGAAGUGCCAGAGAUCAGAUGGACAGAGAUCUUCAAGCUGCAGCAUUCAGAGGGUUACUGGGAGUUAACAACACAGCUGGGUGAACUCAUGAAUGUCAACGUCGACCUCUUCGCCAACGUGUUCCUGAAAAGCAAAGGCAUCCAAUCUCUAGGUGCGAGGGCCCAUGCAGACAUCCUGAGGCUGGUGGCGACUCUUCUGGUUCUGCAGCUGAUGAGGGUGAAGAAGCUGGAGGAGGGCAAACUGCUCCGCACCCUCUUCUGCCUGACCGACUCCUCUCAGACCAGACCUGAGCGGUGGGAGGAGGUGAAGAAAGCAGUAGACUGGGUCUGCUGGGCUGACCGGCAGUACCCGUGUGUCUACAGCCGGCUGGAGUUUGGUCUGAGCUGGGAGUCCUCCACCCGUCAGCUGCUGGGCUUCGAAGGCUUCCCUCCAUUCUCGCCCCUCAGUGGUCUGAACCUGCAGAUGACCGCCGCCCCUCUACUCGUCCACUGAGACGGCCAGCACGAACAUAAGUUAACGUGAGAAAUUCUUACCAGUUUGACUUUUUGAGGUUAUGAAAUUAUCUUUUAGACUUAUUUUUACGUAGAUUUGCGAGCAUUUCUUUGGCUUAUAAAAGAACUUCUGAACUGUUUCUGUCAGUGCGAAGGAUGGGGAGUGUUUUAUUGAUACAAAGAUCAGUGCUGCAACAGCUUAUUGAUACUGAUACUUAUCUAAACUCUUACUGAUACUACUCUGCAUAAUGCGACGCAAAGAAAAAAAACAUGGCAUUUGAUCACAUUUUUUUCUCAACUCAACUUUAUUUAUAAAGCACUUAAAAACAAC